AUGGUGCCUCUAGCCCUGCUCUCCGCCCGGGAACCUAAGUGGAGGAAAGGCGAGCCCGUUCGGUUCGCGGACGUGGCGGUGUACUUCUCCCGGGAGGAGUGGGCGUGUCUGCGGCCGGUGCAGAAGGCCCUGUACCUGGACGUGAUGCGGGAGACCUACGGCCACCUGCUCGCACUCGGAUUCCGAGGCAGCAAGCCAGCCCUCAUCUCCUGGGUGGAGGAAGAAGCCGAGCUGUGGGGUCCAAAUGCUCAGGAUCCAGAGGCGGGGAUUUGUCUUACAGAAACAGACAUGGAUUCCAGAAAGGAGAAAGGACAAAGGGAAGAGACGAAGGCACUGGAAAAGACCCUUUAUAUGGCUGCUGGGUUGAAGAUUCUCAAACCCCCUCCUGAUGGGCUCUCUAAUGGUUUGGAACAGACGUCUAGGGCACCUCGUCGGGGCCGCACUGCACUCUGUGGCCAUCCCCCUGUUCCCAGAGCAGACCAGCGUCAUGGCUGCUAUGUGUGCGGAAAGAGUUUUGCCUGGCGCUCCACUCUGGUGGAGCAUCUCUACACUCACACAGGUGAGAAGCCCUUCUGUUGCCCUGAUUGUGGCAAGGGCUUCAGCCAGGCUUCCUCCCUGAGUAAGCAUCGGGCUAUCCACCGUGGGGAGCGACCCCACCGCUGCCCUGACUGUGGCCGGGCCUUUACUCAGCGCUCUGCCCUUACCACCCACCUACGAAUCCACACAGGCGAGAAGCCCUACCGCUGUGGUGACUGCAAUCGCUGCUUCAGCCAGAGCUCUGCCCUUUACCAGCACCAGCGGGUCCACAGUGGCGAGACUCCCUUCCCCUGCCCAGACUGUGGCCGUGCCUUCGCCCACUCCUCAGACCUUCGCCGCCAUGUGCGCACCCAUACUGGCGAGAAGCCUUAUCCGUGUCCAGACUGUGGGCGCUGCUUCCGACAGAGCUCCGAAAUGGUGGCCCACCGGCGGACCCACAGUGGCGAGCGUCCCUUCCCCUGUCCUCAGUGUGGCAGGUGCUUUGGCCAGAAGUCAGCCAUGGCCAAGCAUCAGUGGGUCCAUCGGCCUGGUGCUGGGGAGAACAGGGGUCACCGGGGUGUCACUGGGUUGCCUGUCCUCCUGGCUUCUGGCCAAGGGGACCUGGAUCCACCUAUAGACUUCCAACACUAUCCAGAGAUAUUCCAAGAGUGUGGGUGA